AUUCAGGACCAACUUUCAGCAAGUCCUUGUUUGAAGACCCUUUCAGCGUUAAAGUUCGCAACGCUGUGUUAGAUACACUAUUUUUUCAAAAGAUGGUCGCCAAUACUCUGGCCCCAGAAGAAUAUGGUCGUUACAUGAUACAAGACGCGGCUUUCCUUUUUGAUUAUGUUACAGCGUUCGAUAUUGCCGCUGAGAACACGCAAAAUGAAUAUCCCCGAGACUUUGCCUUAUUCUAUCGUGGCCGAUCUAAAAGCUAUACAAGUCACAGCAGUUGCUUUUACAAGAAAUGGAAUCUUAAAAAUUCAGAGAGCGUGAAAAUGGGUCCAGCUGUUGCGACAUAUGUGGCAUUUGCAAUGAAUCUUGUGAGAAGAAAAGCUAAAUAUCUGUCAAUUGGUAUUCUUCCAUGUGAUAUGCUGUGGCCAUGGGUGGCAACACAACUUAAUGAAUCAGUCUCAGGAAACAACGUUUAUCGAUCAUGGGUAGAUGACAACUUACGCUAUGGCAUUUCAACCACUCAAAGCUUUGUCAAUACGUUUUAA